GCCCACCAUCGACGAUGUCGUCGGUUCGAUCGCACAGGAGAUGCUCGCCCCCUGGGGGCUCGCCUUCCGGUUCCCCACGGCGAGGGACAUGGUUCCGAGCGUCUCCAGCAGCCUCUUUCGAGACGGAAGCAGGUCCCUCGACAUGAACCUGGAUUUCCACGAGACUAAGGACGGGUUCGAGCUGAUUGCCGACCUUCCCGGGAUGAAGCAAGAGGACGUCUCCAUUGAUGUUGACCAGGAAUCCGGCGUGCUGACGGUGUCGGGCGAGCGUAAGAGCAAGAGGGAAGAGAAGCGCGACGACAAGGACGGCGACAGGAAGUAUCACUUUGUCGAGCGUUCCUACGGCAAGACCUCCCGGUCUGUCCGCCUCCCGGAGGCAGCGAACACCGCUAACGCCAACGCCGACCUCACGGACGGCGUCCUGACCAUCACCUUCCCCAAGAAGGAGGCCCCCGCCUCCAGCCGCUUCCGGAUCCCGUUGGGCGGCGGCGGUGGCGGCGGGGUCGGGUCUGGCGACGGCAAGGUUUCCAUCAAAGGAGGCGCUGCUGCUACCGAAGGCGACACUGGGUCCUAAGGGGACUACGCUGAGUGACCUGGGGGCAACUCGAUAGUGAUGAUAGUUGUCGCCCUCUUAUAGAGGUGGGUGCGUGCAUGUUUGUUGUGCGGAAGGGUGUACAAGUAGAGGAGAGCAAUAUAUGGUGUAGUAGAGGACUGUAGAGAGGAGCAGAGAAAGGGCGAUGGAGAAGAAGUGGUUCACGCUUUGACUCGAGCGUAGAGACCGACGUAGAGCUUGCUGUUUCAUGCCUUUGUGUGAUCGAACAACGAAGUAGCGAAUAGCAGUUUGGGUUUUGGUGCGUCUUCGCGACGCGGAUGGGUGUGUUGUUUGUUUGGGGAAAGGACGACGACGCGUAGUCAGAUGAGGGGCAGACGAAGGUGCGUUUUUCUUGGUUGGCCGCACAAACGACUGGAGAUGUAGAGUGACGGGCGG